ACAUCGGGUGAGAUUUAACAGCAGAAAGAGCUCCAAGCCUCCAACACGAUCAAACAAACCAAUACCUAAAACCUCUGUCCAACUCAUACAUUUUGGUAAGAGAAGCAAAAUCAAAGAAUGCUCGAAAGCAGAUUAAUUGCGAUUCUAAAGAAAAACAGAAAGGCCUUUAAUCAAACAUUAUCAUCAUCCUUUUUCUCUAAGCCUCAGACCGGAUCUUCAUCUUCAUUAUCUAGGGUUUCUAAUGAAUCCCCAUUCUUGAAUCCUUCUAGAUACUUCCAUUCCAAAUCUACAAAUAGUCCUCCAGCUUCAAUAUCUCCAAGAAAUCCUGUUAUCUACAAUGGGUUCACUUCAUUUCUCAAGUAUCACAAGGGUUUUCAACCAUCGUUAAGAAAGUUUUCCACUGCAGCUGUAGCUGCAACUGUCUGUAAGGAGAAUAAGGAAGGAUUAAAGUUCUUAGUUACUGCAGGACCUCAUGCUCAAAAAGCAAUCGGUAUAUGGCUUUUUGUGUCAGCUGCAUGGGUGUUUAGUAUGGUGGUACUGGGAGGUGUGACAAGGUUAACCCGGUCUGGUCUUUCAAUGACUGACUGGAAGUUCACCGGGAGCCUCCCUCCUUUGUCAGAAGAAGAUUGGUUAAUUGAGUUUGAAAAGUAUAAGCAAUCCCCGGAGUUCAAGCGUAUAAAUAAAGGGAUGCAUUUGGAUGACUUUAAGUUCAUUUAUUGGAUGGAAUACGCUCAUCGUAUGUGGGGAAGAGCACUGGGCAUCAUGUUUGUGCUGCCCUUUGGAUAUUUUCUUCGCAAAGGAUAUAUCACUCCACAACUUGGAGUUAGACUUUCUGGCCUCGUAGCACUUGGUGCUGGACAAGGACUAAUUGGCUGGUGGAUGGUUAAGAGUGGUUUAGAGGAACCGAUAUCAGAAUAUUCUGAACCAAGAGUAAGCCCUUAUCGUCUGGCAGCUCAUCUCACCUCGGCAUUUGUUAUUUACUGUGGGCUCUUUUGGACUGCCCUUUCUGUUGUUAUGCCUGAACCCCCUACUGAAUCAGUAGCUUGGGUGAAUGGUGCUGCAAAAGUGAAGAGACUUGCGAUUCCUAUAAGCGUUCUUGUUGGCAUAACUGCUAUAUCUGGAGCAUUUGUUGCGGGAAAUGAUGCUGGUCGCGCAUUUAAUACAUUCCCAAAGAUGGGUGACACAUGGAUACCAGAUGACAUCUUUAGGAUGAAACCGCUUAUACGCAACUUCUUUGAGAAUACAGCUACCGUACAGUUUGAUCACCGACUCCUUGCGAGUGCAACUUUAGUUUCUAUUGGAGGCCUAUGGUGGGCAACUAAAAAAUUGGACAUACAUCCUGCAGUACGAUCAUUGAUCGGAAGCACACUAGGAAUGGCUGCUCUUCAGGUGACUUUGGGCAUAUCCACUCUUCUAUCUUAUGUACCUGUAUCACUAGGAAGUGCCCACCAGGCUGGUGCUUUAACUUUACUAACGCUUAUGAUCCUGCUGAAUCACACUGUACGGCGACCAUCCUUGUCACUUCUCAAAUCUUUGCCCUCAGUUGCAAGAACUUGAACCUUUUGCUUUAGAAUUAGAAUAUAAGAUGUAUGCCCAAAUACGAACACUUCAUCCAAUUUAUCACGUAUGUGGAUGCUUCCUUUUCCAUAGGAUGUGAUAGAUAAUGACAGGAAGUUUAGUCGAUGCAUCAUCUUUUUCAUAUAUAUAUUUUGUGCAAUUCCAAAUUCAUUUUGUAGUACAUAAAUAAUGUAAGAUGCACUUGUUACCACACGAUUUUGCGGAGAAUAACAUGAGAGAUCAUAAUGAUCAUGAAUUCAUGACUUUAAA